AUGGCACAAAUGCUGCUCGACAUCGUCUACUCCUUCGGGAACUGCCUGAACUGCUUCCCCGGCUCGCCGUCCCUCAAGAUCAACAGCCGCAACUUCAAGAUCCUCCGUCUCCUCGGCGAGGGCGGCUUCUCCUACGUCUACCUCGUCCAAGACACGGCGACCAACGAAGAAUUCGCCCUCAAAAAGAUCCGCUGCCCCUUCGGCGCCGAGUCCGUGGCCCAGGCCAUGAAGGAGGUCGAGGCCUACCGCCUCUUUGCCCGCGUCCCCGGCAUCAUCCACGCCGUCGACCACGCCAUCGCCACCGAGCGCGGCGGCGAGCCCGGCUCCAAGACCGUCUACGUCCUCCUCCCCUACUACCGCCGCGGCAACCUCCAGGACCUCAUCAACGCCAACCUCGUCAACCACACCGCCUUCCCCGAGCGCCGCCUCAUGCUGCUCUUCCUCGGCGUCUGCAAGGCCCUCAGGGCCAUGCACGAGUACCGCGGCCCGCCCGCCGGCAUGGAGAGGAUGGAGAUGGGCCACGGCGAUGAGGAGGACUCGACCGAGAACGUCGGUAAGAGGGGCAAGGGCAAGAACAAGGGCGGAAAGAGGGUCACCAAUGCCGCCGCCGCCGCGGGCGCCGACGACGAGGACGAGGAGGACCAGCAGAGGCCCCUGAUGGAGGGGGAGACGCCGGGGUCGGGGAAUGUCAAGUCGUACUCGCAUCGCGACAUCAAGCCGGGAAACAUCAUGAUAGACGACUCGGGCUCGAAUCCGAUCCUGAUGGACCUGGGCUCCAUCGCCCCGUCCCCGAUCGCAAUCACCUCGCACUCGCUAGCCAUCGCGACGCAGGACACCGCCGCCGAGCACAGCACCAUGCCGUACCGCGCCCCGGAGCUCUUCGACGUGCAGACCGGCACCAUCAUCGACACCAAAGUCGACAUCUGGUCCCUCGGCUGCACGCUGUACGCCUGCCUCGUCGGCAAGUCGCCCUUCGAGGCCCGCUCCGACGAGACGGGCGGCUCGCUGAGCCUCUGCGUCCUCGGCGGCGACUGGCGCUUCCCCGACGAGGGCGUCAAGCGCACCGGCACGGGGAUGAAGGGCAAGGCCGUAGAUUCCGGCAACGGCGGCGCCUCCGGAGACCCCAAGAUCAGCGACCCCAUCCGCGACGUCGUGAGGAAAUGCCUCAAGGUCGAGCCCGCGGAGAGGCCGGAUAUCAACGAGCUCAUCGACAUUGUGGAAACCGUCAUCGAGGAACUGCCGCAGGAGGGUUCGUUGUGA